AAGCUGCCAUCCGAUGCGGAAAAUGCAGCGAUUACUUUCAUAAGGAAGCUGAUUGCAAAAAUUCUGGUCGUCGGUGCUACAACUGUGAUGUUUACGGGCAUGAGGCGAAAAACUGCACACAGAAAAAGAAAGAGAAAGGUAAAACUAAUACUGAAUAAAAAUAAAGAAGACGAAAAUCUCGAAUCCUGAUCAAAACAGACUGACUGAUAAGACUACUUGCUACUCACUCACGUAUUCGAAGAUUAUCCUGUAUAAUAAUUUACUUUAGUAUUAAUACUUGUCUUUAAAGUAUGACUGAUUUAUUCGUAUUUUUAUACUCGUAUCAUAUCGUAUCACUUUAAUAAAUCUUCUUAUUCUGAUCUAUGUACUCUUGUUGUUCUGGUACCUGCAAAUGUAGAGAAGAAACUCUGUUUCUGGAAUACAUUAUGUAGAAUUCACUGAAUAAUUUUGCGUUAAUAACUGGGUAUACUCAGAGAAGAAAUUUGUAUUUCUGUGCUUGAGUGGACUGAAAAUCUUGAUUUUUAUGUGACUGAUAUUUGCAGUGCACGGCAAAUUUAUCGGAAAUGUAAAUUUAUUCUCACUGAAAUGAAAACUGAAAAAUCUGAUAAACAAAUCACGACAUCUUGAAUAAAUCUCGUAGCCUGGAUAAUUUUGCAACUCGUACGUGUGGGAAGGGGUGUCAGUAGGUGCUGCUCUCUUCGGUGCGCACCAAAAUACACUUCACACUCCUCGUUUUGUACCAGGCAUCCCGAAUCUUGCUAGCAUCCCACCGUUCAGAGGAUUAACGGUUCAGUCGGACUAAUAUAACGAUUGAAAAAUAAUCCUUCUUUUUCAAUCAACUUACUUUUACCUCUUUUUAAUUAAAAUUACCUCGAUAUCUCGUAUUUCUCGCUCUAAAGCUGACAAUUCUGAAACCAUCUUCCACGCCUUACACCGAAUUUGAAACUCAUUUGGAUUUGGAAAACGUAACUUUCACCUUAGCUAUCACUCCCGAAGACAAAACUUCGAUUACUUUCACUCAAGAUAAAAGCUGGUUAUGGUAUAACGGUGAAAAGAACUGGGAAGUGCGUUUUCAUCAUUCGGAUAACGACGAAUCGCCGGAAAACAGAAGACGCGAAUUAGAAGAAGAACUUUUGCCCGCAGCUACCGCCCUUUUACGAGAAAAUUUUAACCAAAACGAACAAUUUUCUAAAAAUAUUCGAACCAUUUUCGGAGAUUACAGCGAAAGUAGAGAAAAACUGAUUCAAACGCAUUCGGAUUUCUUCACCAACCAAGAAAAAUAUUACUACUUGAUCCCGAAAAUACCGUUUUUCUGUUUCAACUUGAAAAAUAUCCUCAUUAAAGGAUUAACGAAUCUGGAAUGGAUCAAGAUCAAUACAGGUCUGAGUAUUUUUACGCAUACGUUGAUGAUCAGAAACGUUCACGGAGACUUGAUCUUGGACUUUGGAGCUGCGCAAGAGAAGCCGGUCGAAUUGAAGUUUAAAAUCGAUUAUUUUUCCGUAUCGACCGAUAGGAAAUCCGUGAAUGUGGAGGCGAGGUACUCCAGCGUCAAUAAGACGAGUACUCCUUUAUCGUCCAGACAAUCGGCUCUGAUCAUUCAUAGCAUAGAAUCGGCUACUGCUAAUUCACUGUUUCCAGCACUGCAGCUCCGCAGAACCUUUAACAUCGAUACUCCUCCGGGAGAAAUCAAAAUCACCGACAAAACUGAUUGGGAAUCGAUUAAACAAUCGUUCUGCGAAUGGAUCCCCUUCAAUGAAGACGAGACGAGACCUCUUGACACAGAAACGCGAAGCAAAGCAUACCAAUGUGGGGUUCAGACAACAAAAACCUCCCUUGAGCUACCGUAUAAAUCCUUCAAAAAAGAAUUCAGAGAACCAGAAGUAAAAAACAAAAUAUUACAGAACACAGAAAAAAUACCAGCAGAUAUACAUGAACGUUUUCUGGAUCUAGACCAUUGGACGGUAGUAGAAGUUCCUACAUUUAUGAUAAAUACAAAAUCGAGUAUUGCAUCCACAAACAACUCCGACUAUAAUGAAAUCAAAGAUAUGCCUGAUAAACAAGAACAAAAAUUCAAGAAUUAUUUUGGUGCAUGGUUAUAUAUUAUUACGUCAAAGUACAAUGACGUCAAACUGCAAGAGUUUCAAACGAAAUUAAAAAACGCUUAUGAAAGCUCUACUUUCAAGGGAACGGAAGAAGAAUUUUAUAUGAGAUGCGCUGCGCACCUCGCUCGAACUUUCCUGCAAGUGUGCGCAGUGCAUCAUUAUUGGAUUCAAUACAUUAUGAAUAACGAGGAUAUUAAUACCACGUUUGAAGAAACUUUGGUAAGGAUUAUCCCGUCAUGGGACUUUUCUGAAGAGCAAAUCACUAUCGUCAAUAUACUACGAACUGUUGUUUAUAAUGACAAGAAUGGUGCAUUGGAGUAUUCAAAAACUACCAAUGCACUUGGAGAUGAAACUUGCGUUUUCUUCGAUCAAACAGAAAGAUGCAAGUAAGCUCAAACUCAGACCGAUUUUAUAAUCACUGUUUCGUCCUAUUUCGGUUAUAUUGUAGAUAGUCGAUGUAUUUGUACAUAUUUAUCUCGUUACCUAUUGUUACUUUGUUAUACAGUCCACUAAAUGUUUGUUAUGUACGUGUUCGUGUGAAUUUUUUACCGUUGCUUUCGCGCGCGAUCAUAAGUACAUGAAUACGCUCAAACAUUUUUGGUCUUGCUCGAACCAGAUGAUUUUUAUGGUUUUUAAUGAUGGUUUUUUACGAUAUGAAGCGAAUUGGAUCGUUUUUUCAUCUGGAUUUCGAUUGGUAAUCAAGUUGGCUUGGUUUUGGUUCCUGAUAUAAGUAUUCAAUCAGGUAUUAUUGGUCGUUGGUAUAUAAUUAUUUCGAAUACUAAAAGAUGGAUCGCAAAUUGAGACUAGUUAAGCUCAAUAUUAACAGAUUGACAAACGAAAUGGGAAAUAUCGCUCAAGGUACUAUUGAUCUUGAAAAGCUUAGUAAGUUGGAAGCUUCUUUAAGAGAGUUUAAAGAAUAUAAAAAUAAACUCGACGAUUUAGUUGAGGAAUAUUUUGUUGUCGUUAGAUGAAAAAGAUGAGGGUUAUAAAGCGUUAGAAACUGCUCAGAUGAAAGAGCAACAGACUGCUAGCGAUAUUAUGCAUAAAUAUGAAGCUAAGUUGGUAGUAUUCCGUCAGCAAUUAGAUCUGGAAAAAGCUAACGAAUCUUUACUCGACCCAAAUCGACCCUUUCCGCGUCAUGAGCAGUCUUGCAUGCCGAAAUUAGAGAAGAUUAAAGUUCCUACCGUUGAUGGUGAUAUUUUAUCGUUCGCAAGUUUUAAAGGCAUGUUCGAGAACUUAAUUCAUGACAAUCCGGAGUUAUCUAAUGUGCAAAAGCUCCAUUAUCUAAAGGAAUCGUGCAAAGGUCGUGCAUUCGAACUGAUCAAAAAUUUUCCGCUGAAAGGUGAAGCUUAUGUGCAAGCAUGGGAGUGCAUAAAAGAUCGUUUUGAUAAUCGAAGAGUCAUAAUCAAAACUCUUUUCGAUAAAUUGUAUUUGUUGGAGGAAAUUCGAAAAGAUACUGAGCUUCAAUCGUUAGUCGACUCAGCUGAUGUUAUCGUUCGUGGAUUGGAAGCAGGUGGUGCUGAAAUCAAUGAUUCGUAUUCGCAGCUUAUUUCUUAUCUAUCCUACCUAUUCUCGUUUGCAGAAAUUUUUGAAUAAUCGUGCAUUUUUUGUGGAAGAUAGGAGUAAUGCUGUGCCUGAAUCUAAACCUGGUGUUACUGGUGUGCCGAAAAAAUCGUUCAUUUCAACUGGAAAUUCGUGCAUGUUUUGUGAAAAACCUCACAAGCUCUCCGAAUGUCGAUCGUUUGCUGGUAAAAAACACGAUGAAAAAUACGAAUUGGUCAAAUCCAAAGCAUUGUGUAUUAAUUGACUGUCCCAUGGUCAUCGAGCUGCAGAUUGUAAAGCUUCGGCAUGUAAAAAAUGCAAUGGCAAACAUCACACAGUGAUGCAUCGUGGACCAUACGAACCUACUUCGUCAUCAGGUGCGCCUCAUCAAUCAAAUCCGCCACCUUCAACUACUGUGUCCAUUUCAACGUCUGGUCAGUCACCCCCUUUGAUUCCCAAGGAUACAACCAGCACAACUACUACUUCUACCUUGAUUUCGCCGAACCCGAAUAAAACUGUGAUCCUGCCUACUGCUGUUUGUAACGUAUCGUAUCAUUUCAAAAACCAAAUGGUCAAUGGAAAAUAAUGAGAUGGUCUAUACUCACCACGUUCAUGGAACACAAGUGAACGACUGACUGAAUCAUAUGUUCGUAUUCUAAUUUUUGAUUAUGUUGAGUUGUUGAGUUAGGGGUUAGGAUUAGGAAUUGGAUUCAUCGCUCACGAAAUAAUUAUCAAUAUUUUUUCUAUUUGAAAAAAAUGUGAAAUAUAAAGUUGAUGUUAGGUUGAUGUAUAGGUAAAAUUUGUAAAAAGAUAAAGUCGUGGAUGGGGAUGGGUGUUUUUUUUUUUUGGGGAUGAACUGAGAAAAUAUGACGAUAUUCUCCUCGUUUAUAUGUACAACUCUUUUGGACUAUAAUAUGCGGUAGUGUUAUUAUGUAAAUUGUAAAUACAAAAUGAAAACUCA